AUGAGAAGAGCUGCCGUAGCGGCGGCGGUGCGGCAUGAGAAUGUUGCUGCCGCCGUCGCUGCACCGCCGGUGCCGAUGCCGCCGGUGGCGCCGCCCCCCGGGGUGGCAGAGGCCGCGCAGGCCGCUGUGCAGGUGGCUGCAACUGUGUCGCAGCAGGUGAUGAGCGUGAUGAUGCUGGCAAUGGUGGCGACGGCUGUUGUCUCAACGGUGUCCAUGUCAGCGCUCAUGGUGAAGCGUGCCCAGGAGGCCGCCCCAACACCUGCGGCGCAGCUGGCAGCACUGCUCAACCCUCCCACUCCGACCUACAGGCCGACAGUGGCUCGGAGGGAUCGGGCGCCGCCUGUGCAGCAGAUAGUGGAGGAGUCUGUGUCGCGGAGCAUACAGUGGGCACCCUCGCCGCCCCUGCAGCCGAGUUUCACCCCAGAGGUUGGCCGCGGGGUGCCCCAGACCGACGGCGAACAUCAGCCCCACACCCCGACGCUCUACAUCCCCGCUCCCUUCACCACGCCCGCCCCCAUCCUGGCACCACCGCCAGUGGUGGAGGCCGGCCCCCCGGCGUGCAACGUGACCUACACCAAGACGGUAAAGACGAUCACGAUGGAGCCCACGGGCAAUGUGACACACGUGGAGACCUUUACCUACAUGAUCCCCUGCGCGGAAGCGCCGGCGCUGCCGCCGGCCGGCGCGCCCGACAGCGCCGAGCCGACCGUGACCCGCACGACGCGCACGCUGCCGCAAGGCGGCAGCGCCGGCCAGACCGGCGGCCCGGACGCCGACGCCGCGUCCCCCGACGGCGCUCAGCCGCCCGGCUACAAUCCGGAGGAAUUUGCGGCGCCUGCGCCGGCGCCGGUCGGCGCGGAGUCGGACCGGCUGGCGGCGCUUCUGGCUGCGGACCCCACGCUGGCCGCACAGCUGGCGUUGCUGUCACCGGGGGAGGCCCCAACCGGAGGCCCCUCACGCCUCGCCGCGCUGCUGGCCGCCAACCCCUCGCUGCGCGAUUUAUUGCCCCCCGCGCCGGGAGAGGGCCCCGCGGACAGGGCCACGGCGGACGGUGGCACCAACCCAGACGAUGCCAAAGUGUCGUAUGAUGUGUGGGGCCGGCCGGUGAGCGACCCGGAGGCGGAGCGUGCGGCUGACGCGGCCGAGAACGCGCAGCCGCUCGCGACGACGCGGCGGGACGCGGCCGGCACGGCGGCGGCGCGGGAGGAGGAGGUGGCGCGGCUGCGCGCGGAGCAGCGAGCCUGGUGGGACGCCGAGCUGGCCAAGGCCCGCGAGCAGACCCACGGCCACGCCGCUCGCCCGGUGGACUUUUCGCACAAGCCGGGGGAGGGGGUGGAGGGGGAGGCACACCCGGUGGAGCACAGGGUGGCGGUUGACAUGGCAGGGGAGCGGCUGCGGCCGGAGGCGGACACACGGUGGGACAUGAGUGACGAGAUCGCCGACUACCGCGAGCGCAUGGAGUGGAAGCACCACUUCACCAUCGGCCGCCCCGCUCGCAGAUUCCUGAGGGAGGCGGCGGAGGCGAGUGGCAAGUGGAGGGUGUGGCGGGGGAUACUGUCAUCUCUGGUGAGGGCUGUGGUCAGGUGGCUGCACAGCGGCAGGAAGACGCAGACGAAUUUCAAGCAGUUUGGGGUCUUAUCUUCUCAGCCGCUCAGGCAUGGCGGCUGA